AUGAUUGAUUUGUUCAAGAAGUUUCAUAUAAACAUUCCAAUCCUUGAAGCCGUGAAGACAAUCCCAUCUUAUGCUAAGUUCUUGAAGGAUAUGUGCAUGAAGAAGAAAAAGUUCAAAGAAUAUGAGCAAGUGGCUCUUUGUGAAGAAGUGAGUGCUAUCAUUCAAAGAAAGCUUCCACCAAAACUUAAAGAUCCGGGAAGCUUCACUAUUCCAAGCAAGAUUGGAGAAACUAGUUUUGACAAUUGCUUGAUGGAUCUUAGGGCAAGUAUCAAUUUAAUGCCCUAUUCAGCUUUAAAGAAGUUUGGUCUUGAAGGAGAUUUGAAACCAACUUCAAUCACUCUCCAAUUGGCAGAUAGAAGCGUGAGGUAUCCUAGAGAAAUCUUGGAGAAUGUACUUGUCAAUUUGCAAGGUUUGUGA